CGGACGUAGUAGGCAGUGUAUUAGCCUGUGGGUUAUUAAAAGAAAGCCAUAAAAUUACUACGCAACGGAGCGAAAUUUGAAAGUAACUACUAAAAUUCGAGCUUACUCGCUCUAAGUGGCGCAGUGAUGACAAUGGAAGUUGGUAGUGAGUUGGUUAGUUGGCUGUAACGGCGCCUUAAAGAAAGUUGCUUUAGUGAAGAAAUAUGUCCGAUGAAGUGCUGAGCCCUUUGGGAGACGAGGAAAAAUCAUUGUGUUUUCGCGGUCCCUGGGCCUGGUUGGUGCUUGUUGUUAUCUGUUGCAUCGGUGCUGGGUUGGUCAUGUGGCUGCUGCGCAAGUGCGUACAAGGUCCCUUUUAUCGCAAGAAGACCCGCAUCGAUGGUAAGGUGGUAAUUGUGACGGGUUGCAAUACGGGCAUCGGCAAGGAAACCGCCAUGGAGCUGGCGCGUCGUGGUGGCCGCAUUUACAUGGCUUGCCGCGAUGCCGCACGUUGCGAGACCGCACGCUUAGAGAUCAUUGAACGUACACAGAAUCAAAAUGUAUUCAACCGCACGCUAGAUUUGUCUUCAUUGCCGUCAGUGCGGCAGUUUGCAGAACGUUUCUUCGCAGAAGAACAACGCUUGGAUAUUCUUAUAAAUAAUGCCGGCAUAAUGGCUACGCCACGCAAGCUCACCGUCGAUGGCUUUGAACAGCAGUUUGGCGUUAAUCAUCUGGGUCACUUCCUGUUGACAAACCUAUUGUUAGAUCGUCUAAAGUCUGCCGCGCCCAGCCGUAUUGUUGUAGUGAGUUCAGCGGCUUAUAUCUUCGGGCGCAUCAACAAGGAUGACUUGAAUAGUGAGAAGAACUACUCAAAAUUUUUGGGUGCCUAUUGCCAAAGCAAAUUGGCUAACAUUUUGUUCACGCGAAAACUGGCUGAGUUGCUUAAAAAUACCGGAGUGACCGUCAACUGUGUUCACCCGGGCAUUGUGCGCACAGAAUUAGGCCGAUAUAGCGUGUCCAAGCACUGGUUCCAUGCUUUUUCAUUCCGCUUGUUUGCUUGCUUCGUAAAAACACCCAAGGCAGGUGCACAGACCACGUUGCGGCUGGCGUUGGAUCCAGCGCUGGAAAAGUGCACUGGUGACUACUACGCGGACUCGAUGCGCUUUCCGUUAUUGCCAAAGGCUAAAGACAAGGAGAUGGCCGAUUGGUUGUGGAAGGAGAGUGAGAAACUGGUGGGGUUGCAGGGAGAGAAUGUGGUGCAAACAAUUGUGGUGAAUCAGUGAAGCAGGUGAUAGAGCAAAGGAAAGCCAGAGGAAGAGGGAGAGUAAGUGGAAGAAAAUGAGAAAUAAAAGAAAGAGCAAGUGGGAGUGCAUGGGGCUUUCCGUGCAGUUUUUUUUCUUUCAAUACAUAUUUACGUAUUUACAUAGUCUCUAAGUCUGUAUAAGUGCAUAAAAAUAUAAUAAAUAACUUUAGUUUACUCACAAAAAUUUAGCACAUUUUUUA